ACCGACCGCCCGAGGUUGACCAAUCACACAAGCUUAUAAAUCGUGGACAGUCUUGAUCAAUUUGUUGUGUGGGUCGACUAUGGCCGUUGGUAGGUUGCCUGGCUUACAAAUUCGAAAGGACUGAGCGUGGUGCAAACAAACAGCAAGAACCAAGAACUUAGUAUAGGUGUAUAAUAAAGGAACGGAUUUGAAGAUAUCGACUCUCUCCAACACCCUUCAAUGACCAAGCAAACACAGCACAUCACACCAUCAUCCACAUUCACACAUUAAACUUACAAUGACUUCAGUCCUCAUCACUGGCGCUUCUCGGGGCUUCGGGCUUGCCCUGGCUCGUGAGCUUGCUUCUCGUCCAGCCUCCAGCAUUGGCAAGAUCUUUGCGACAGCACGCGGUGAUUCCGCUGCCUUAAACGAGCUCGCCCAGAAGCUCCCUGACCGGGUUGUCCUCGUUCAGCUUGAUGUUACCAACCAAGACUCCAUCAAGAAAGCAGCAGCCGAAGUCCAAACGAAGCUCGGCGGCAAGGGGCUGGACGUUCUGAUCAACAAUGCCGGAGUGUGCCAAUAUGUGUCUGGGGGCGUCCCGACAAUGGAUAACCUCGAGGAGAGCUUCACCAUCAAUGUCCUCGGCGUUCAUUGGGUCACCCGUGAGUUCCUGCCACUACUAAAGAAGGGCAGCCUCAAGAAGGUUGCCAACAUCUCAACCACCAUGGGCUCCAUUACCCUGGCUGGAGCGGCGGCCGCCCUCCCGGCGCCCGCCUACAAGAUCUCGAAGGCGGCUAUGAACGCGCUUACCGUUCAGUACGCUCUUGAGUUCGAAAAGGAAGGCUUUUCCUUCAUCGCCCUCUGCCCCGGCUGGUUGAAAACCGAUCUGGGAGGCGGCGACAUGGCCGACUUGACUGCCGAGGAGGGGGCCAAGGCUUCAUUGGACAUUCUCUUCAAAGAGGGCCAGGUGUACAACGGUCAGCUUCCAAAGGUUUUUGUAAAGGGCUGGGAGCAUCCCCAGGAGGGACGGUGGAACGUUUAUGACGGGACCAACGCUCCGUGGUAGUCUGUGUCUCUACACCUCGAGCCUCCCAUUGUCCACGGACCACAGGCCACAGCUGUACCGAGAUUAUGCUCGUGCGAAAUAAAAAAAGGUUUCUCAACACAACGUAGUACCAAGUAUCGGCUGUUUUCUUCCCU